UCCAAAUGCCACUCCAGCUAGGCGCCUAUUUGAAGUGCUCCUUAAUGCGCGCGGCUGCACCUGCACCCGGCACGGCUGCCCUGCCGCCUGGGCCUGUGCUGGACUGGCGCAUGGAAGAAACAUGUGCAGAUCGGCGCGUGUUCCUGGGCUGGGGGUGCUUUGGAGCGGGUCGUCGUUGGCGCAUGCUGUGGGUGCAAAGUCAGAUUUUGAUGUGAGGAAAUGCGGAGUGUGCGUCGUGGGCCGCUCUUUCCAGGGCAGGUUUUGCUGCCGAGUGGUGUUUCCUGCACGUACUCGUGCAGGGGUCGGAACCGUGGUGCACGUGUACCAUCAUCACGAAUUGAUUGCUCCCGGUGACACCCUGCAGAGGACAAUGUAUCGAAAGUAUUGCUCCAUCAGAGGGGAAGACAGGAUGGAGGCAUCAGUGCAUUUAACAGAGGAAUUUUAGGCAAACUCCAUGGCCACAAACGCUUGAAUUCUCUAGCGCAGGAAAGUGAAUGGCCUAACGCAUCAUAUAUUAUUGCAGUUUUGCAUGUAAGCAUUGAUUGCACUGCUUGCGAAGUUGCAGGUAUGACUUUGCCGAGCAGACCGUGAUCAUUACCUUUGACUCACCUGUAUUACUAGAUCCUUUUUUGACGUUGGGCUUUUUUGUUCAAGCCUCAAAAGGACCAUGAUUGGCAGGUGUUUAUGCGCAAGAAGCAGCUGUGAUGCUGGCCCACCUGUAAUAUCUUGUUGACGUCAGCUUGUCGUCAUGAACGUUAUUG